AGACGGCGGCUGACUCUUUCUCUCUCUCGGCUGCUGCUGUUGCUCACACAUACUGGAAAUCAGUCACGACCGCGACUAUCAAACAGUCUGGACGCUCGUCACAUCCGAUCGUCGAUCGUUUGAUUUCUUCCCAAACAACUUCAUCAAGUGUUAUCCCAUAAGCCUAUUAUACAGUUCGCCCAUCAUUUUUUGACUAUAUUCGUUCGUGUUUGGCGCCGAGUGUGUGAAAUUAUUAUUUUUUGAAAUUUGAAUAACCCGCGAAAUUUGAAAUUCGUUGAGAUGAUGACGGAACAACAACCACAGCAGGCGGUGGAGAAUAAUAAGAGGCGAUCUACUUCGAUGCUGGACGAUAGUAAUAGCAACGAGAGUAGCGGGAGUCUCAACAGCAGGAGUGGGUCGUCGGCCGACAGCUGCCGGAGUCACAGCAGCAGCGUCGACAUCGAGACGAAUGGAUCGGCCGACGAAGGGCCUCAACAGCGUCGCUCACACGUCGAUAUGGUGGCCGCUCUGUCGACGGUAGUACCCGUCAAUCCUCCGCUGACAGUGGCCGAUUCCCUGUCGCCGGCCAAGCCAGCCCUGCUGGCCGUCCCGGCCCAGCAUCAACACGAAGUCCCGGCCACUUCCACCGGCAACAAAUUGAGUCUCAAUCAUCACGUCAGCCAUUUGUACACGAUCGAGGCCAUUCUGGGACUCAACAAUCAACACCCCAAAGAAAAAGACGGGCCGGGGGCUAGACACCAGGCCAAACUCUUCCGUGAAAUGUCCGAGGCCCAUCACCACCACCACCACCACCAUCACUUCAAUCAGCCACAUGAGACGGACGUCCAGCAUCAGGAGUCGCUGCUGGGUCAUCAGCGGGCCGGCGAGUUGAGCAGCGAUGAAGAUGAGCCUUCCGUCAAGGGCGGAGGGAUGAACGGCGGCGAAGGAUCCGGCGGAGGAGGUGGCGGUGGGGCUGGAAGCAGCGGCGGCGGCAACAGCAAGAAACACCGUCGCAACCGGACGACGUUCACGACGUUCCAGCUGCACGAGCUGGAACGGGCCUUUGAGAAAUCCCACUACCCGGACGUCUACAGUCGCGAGGAGCUGGCCAUGAAAGUCAAUCUGCCGGAAGUCCGAGUUCAAGUCUGGUUUCAAAAUCGGCGGGCCAAAUGGCGUCGCCAGGAGAAGAUGGAAGCGUCGCAACAGCUGCGCAAAUUCCAGCAGGAAUUCUCGGCCAUGAUUCCGGCGGCUGCUGCAACUACUCCGCGCUACAACAACAACAACAACAACGGCGGGGGGUCGGCGGUGGUGGCGGCGGCUGCGGCGGCCGCCGCCGGACUGCCGGCCCACCUGGACCAUUGGCUGUCGUUGACUUCCGGGGCGGCCAUGGCCUACCACCAGGCGGCGGCGGCGGCAGCGGCCGCUUCGGCCUAUCCGCCGGCGGCGUCUUACCUCAUGCCCAGCAUGAUGGCCACAACGCCUCUGAUGGGCCAAGUCCAGUCUCAGCCGGCCCAUCACGGAGUCCAGCACCGACCGACGGCCACACCGUCGCCACCGUCCAGCGGCUCACUGACCAUCAACUCCCGCGACUCGCCCGACAUCGUUGCCACUCCAACCUCGCGAUUCCGUCGCGGUGAUUCCAAACCGCUUUAGUUUAACUUUUAAAUCUAAUUAAUUUUUAUUUUAUUUUAAAUUCAAUCCCGGCUGAUUUUUUAAAAAUUAUUAUUUCCACAAAUAAUCGUCAGCCGAAAUCAUUUGAAACGUUUGAUUUCUAUAUGCCCACGUAUAUUAUGUCCAUUCCGUGUGUAAUUUGUGUAUUCUGAUUUUGGUUUAAUUUUCUGUUUAAUUAUAUAACAUUUUUUCGCAGUCGUGAUGAUAUCCUCCGUGUUAUAAUAAAAACAGUACGGUCUAAAUAGAAAUUCUAUAAAUAAUAUUCAUGUGCAAUUUUUCUGAUUGUUGAACACUAAAUCGCUUGCGUAAUUCUUUGAAAUGAACGUAUACAUUAUAAUAUGCUCCCCCCCCCUAUAUAUCAUAAUAGUUUUUUCGCCGGAAAUCAUUUCUCUUGCAUAACCGUACAUUCGUGUAAAUAUAAUGAUAUCGACAUCAUUCCAACCACCGAGAGUUUCAAUAAACCUGAAAUCAUAUCCGUAAA